AUGACAUACUUACUUAGUUCACUGACCAAGAACACUUUUACUUGGUUUACCAUGUUAGCUCCAAAUUCUGUGAGGACUUGGGAACAAUUAGAACGCGUGUUUCAUGAGCAGUUUUACAUGGGACAAUCUAAGAUUAGUCUGAAAGAGUUAUCUCUAGUUAAGAGAAAAUCGUCUGAGUCCAUAGAUGAUUAUUUGAAUAUGUUCAGGUUGCUGAAAGCCAAGUGCUUUAUCAAAGUUCCUGAAAAUGAGUUAAUCAAAAUGGGUUCGACAAAUCGAACGCCUAAAGAUAGAAAAGUUAGGGCAUCAAAGAGUCGUAAAAGAGAGAAAAUUGCUUACGUUGAGAAUGAUGAGUACCCUUUAGAAUGGGUUGAUGAAUACGUGUGUAAGGUGCUAAAACCAUCGAAAGGAAAAAGUGUUGAAGAACCAAAAAAUGAUAGAGUCACUACUAAGACAUACACGUUUGAUAUUACUAAAUGUGAUGAAAUAUUUGAUGUUUUAGUUUCAGAUGGGCAGAUUGAAUUUGGUGCAGAAAGCAUUGAAAUAUGGAAGGUUGUAGUUUGGUGA